GGUCGAUGUUUGUGUUCCUCUGUUUCAUUUUUCAUGCUCUUAACGAAAUGAUACUUCAUACCCCCCACUUUCCAAUCUCAAUUCCAACACUAAUUCGUCUCCCACAGCCAUGCUUCAAUCCUCCAACCCACACCUCCAACCACCCGCAGAAGAACUCCAAGAAAUGACAGCCCGCGCCGGAGAAGUCGUCCGUCUCCUCGACGCCCUCCGAAACGACACGCCCAUCUUCCCCUCCUCCCUCCUCUCCACCUCCCCAUCCACACUCACAUCCACAUCCGUUCCCCACGCGCUCGUCUCCGUACACCCCCACUCCCACUCCCUAGAAAGCAUAGCCAAAACCCAAGGACACGUCACCUCCAGCUCCAGCAUAGGAAUGGGAAUUAUGGACGUAGACGCGCCUGAUCGGGCGCCGAAGCGGCCUUGGGAGGAUGUUGAAGGUAUGAUGCCUCUUGGGUCUGGCGUUGGUGUUGGGUCUUCAUUGUUGGGUGUAGGACAUGUUCCUCUUGCGUCUGCUCCGGUUACGGGGUCUGGAUCUGGGUCAGGGUUGGCGCAGCAGAUCACUGGAACGACGACGACGGGGACUGGGACAGGAACGGGGCCAGAACAAGAUCGGACGACGGCUGAGGCGGAUAUGGAGCUUAUACGGACGAAGAGGGCGUUGACGACUAUGGCGGCUGCUGCUGCGUUGGGAGGGGGUGGUGGGGGAGGGGGAAGUGGGAAGAAUAAGUAUCGGAAGCGGAGUCGAGCAACACCCCCUGGAAAAUGCCAUUCCUGCAAUAUUCGAGAGACGCCAGAGUGGAGACGGGGACCGGACGGUGCGAGGACGUUGUGUAAUGCGUGUGGGUUGCACUACGCAAAGCUCGUCCGAAAGCGCGAGAAAGCCCUUGCAAAUGGGGAAACGCCUUCGCUUCAACGCAUCGAUAUGGAGAUGUUACGUGCGAGUGCGAGAGCUGCUGAUGCCGAUAAAGGGGCGACGCCAUCUGUGCAUCACCAAACCCCGUCUGCGCAACACCAUCAGACGCCUUCUGUACAUCAUCAAACCCCGUCUGUUCAACAUCACCAGACGCCGUCCAUAUCCCAUCACACGACCCCUUCUAUGACUCAUCAAACUACUAAUUCAUCAUCGGGGUCUACGUCGCGUCACGCACCUGCUGCGUCUCAUACGCCUGUGGCGCAGCCUGCUUCUCAACAGAAUCAAGGGCACCAUCAGGCUACGAAUGCCUCGGGGCAUCAUCAGCCGACUGCGCAGGCACAUCAUCCAUCUGCGAGUGCACAGGGGCACCAUCAAACUACGUCUGCGCAAGGGCAUCAUCAGUCUACGUCUGCGCAGGGACAUCAUCAAUCUACGUCUGCGCAAGGACACCAUCAGUCUACGUCUGCGCAAGGGCACCACCAAUCUUCUGCGCACCAUCCUCCGUCUCGGCCUGGACUUCCGCCUACGCCGCCUUGGUACCUGCCCGCUGCUCCUCAGUCGCAUUCGAUGCUGAGGCAGUGAGGCUUGGGCAGUGAAUGAAUCUCUAUCAUUGCCCACAAAUCGAAGGAAGGGGUCGCACCGAGGAACUACACCCAUCCGUGAGACUUGGCUUUGUUAACG